CCGGCCGCUCCGCCCCCUCGGCUCCUCCGCGGCUCGGCCGGCGGGCAAGGAGGAGAGCCGAGCCCAGCGCCGCGCUCCCCACCGCGCCCCCGUGCCCAGGGUACCCGCCGCGGCCGCCGCAGCGCAAGCCUCCCGCCGGUUGUAUGGUCCAGGCCUCAAUGAGGAGCCCAAACAUGGAGCCGUUCAAGCAGCUGAAGGUGGAGGACUUUUACGACAUAGGAGAAGAGCUGGGGAGCGGCCAGUUUGCCAUCGUCAAGAAGUGCAGGGAGAAGAGCACGGGCCUGGAGUAUGCAGCCAAGUUCAUCAAGAAGCGGCAGAGCCGGGCGAGCCGGCGUGGCGUGAGCCGGGAGGAGAUCGAGCGGGAGGUGAGCAUCCUGCGGCAGGUGCUGCACCCCAACGUCAUCACGCUGCACGACGUCUACGAGAACCGCACCGACGUGGUGCUCAUCCUUGAGCUAGUGUCUGGAGGAGAGCUCUUCGAUUUCCUGGCCCAGAAGGAGUCACUGAGUGAGGAGGAAGCCACCAGCUUCAUUAAGCAGAUCCUGGAUGGGGUGAACUACCUUCACACAAAGAAAAUUGCUCACUUUGAUCUCAAGCCAGAAAACAUUAUGUUGUUAGACAAGAAUAUUCCCAUUCCACACAUCAAGCUGAUUGACUUUGGCCUGGCUCAUGAAAUAGAAGAUGGAGUUGAAUUUAAGAGCAUUUUUGGGACGCCAGAAUUUGUUGCUCCAGAGAUUGUGAACUAUGAGCCCCUGGGUCUGGAGGCCGACAUGUGGAGCAUAGGCGUCAUCACCUACAUCCUCCUGAGUGGAGCGUCCCCUUUCCUGGGAGACACAAAGCAGGAAACGCUGGCGAACAUCACGGCGGUGAGUUACGACUUCGAUGAGGAAUUCUUCAGCCAGACUAGCGAGCUGGCCAAGGACUUCAUUAGGAAGCUUCUGGUUAAAGAGACCCGGAAACGGCUCACCAUCCAAGAGGCUCUCAGACACCCCUGGAUCACGCCGGUGGACAACCAGCAAGCCAUGGUGCGCAGGGAGUCCGUGGUCAACCUGGAGAACUUCAAGAGGCAGUAUGUGCGCAGGCGGUGGAAGCUCUCCUUCAGCAUCGUCUCCCUGUGCAACCACCUCACCCGCUCGCUGAUGAAGAAGGCGCACCUGAGGCCAGAUGCGGACUUGAGGAAUUGUGAGAGUGACACUGAGGAGGACAUCGCCAAGAGGAAAGCCCUCCACCCCCGGAGGAGGAGCAGUACCUCCUAACUGGCCUGGCUUGCAGCGGCCGCCAGGGAGGUCCAUGCCCAGCGGGACUCCCUUCUGUGCAGACUCUCAGACCCAGCUCAUCACCAGCACCCCGUGUGUUCUGCAUCCUGAGCACUUUGCAAGAGACAUGGGCCUGCGGAGUUCAGAAGAGUUUGCAAGGGAGCCAGGAGGCCCUGGGAGCUGUGGCUGUCUGCUGUGGAGGAGGCGCCAGCAUCCCCAAAGUUCUUAACUCUCCAUGAAACGGGCUUUCAUCUGUGUGCCACCCUCAGAACCUGGGUGGGGCGUGUGCUGAGGAAAACUGUAAAGGAGCAUCAUCUUCAUCGUGGGGUGAAGGUCAGGCUCGGGCAGCUUUCCUCACGGGGUGAGGAGUUCGGAACCAGCUGGUCACAGAUCACACCAGGAAGACAGAGGUCUCCCCCGUGGGAACAGGGCGAGUGACUAAAGUGAAUCUUGGGUGUGAGGGACCAAUCCUGUGACCUCCCAGAACCCGCAGGAGUCAGGACAUCAAGCCGACCAACAUGUAUCAGACUGUCGCCAGCCCACUGUGUUGUAAUUUGUUUCAUUUUUAUUAAACUUCCGGCUUACCUGAUGCUUGGUUUCUUUCAGGGCUAUCCCAUUCUGAGUUCCUUUAGCCCAGGUGCCUAUGACUCUGUGGGAGCAUCAGAUUGGGGUGCUGAGUGGACAGAACCUCAGAAGGUCCUGCUGACCAUCCCCUCCGGCCUGCAGGGGGCCCGCCCUCUGCGUGCUUCCCCAGAGAGAAGGUGUCCAGCCCAAGAAAAUCUGCCCAGAGACCAGCAUGUG